CCUCGGUUCAUUCCGCCACCACGAAAAUGACGAAGAUGGGAUGUCAAAUCCAAGCCUACCCACCAUCACAACUUUGUUAGUUAUUCAUGAUCUUCCUGGCAAACCACGGCUGACAAUUGAUUGACGUGAGAUCAGAAACCACCAUGCAUUCAACAUAACGCGUGAACAUUGUCUGGUCUCAUCCACACCAUGAUCCUCGUCAUAGGCCACAGACGACACGCAACCAAACCUACCUGCUCUUGAGGUGAAUCCAAUCUCGAAUCUACCAUCCCGCGAGUUCGCCAUGUUGGAAUUUCGCACUCAGGGAUUCCAAGGCUACGCAGUCAAAUAUUCGCCAUUCUUUGACAAUCGCAUAGCUGUUGCAGCAUCAGCCAACUAUGGCCUGGUGGGUAAUGGGCGUCUUUACAUCCUGGAGUUGACGCCUCAUGGCAUUCAAGCGUUGAAAAGUUAUCCCACUCAAGACGCUCUCUACGACGUCACGCACUCCGAAGCCCACUCCUUUCACGUCCUUACAUCCUCUGGCGACGGCUCAUUACGACUUUAUGACACAUCACUGGCACCCGACUUCCCCAUAGCUACCUUUCAAGAACAUUCUCGAGAAGCAUAUUCCUGCUCGUGGAACCUCACCUCCAAAGCAACGUUUGCAUCGUCAUCAUGGGACGGCACAGUCAAGAUAUGGAACCCCGAAAGACAACAGAGUCUAUUGACGCUACCCACUCAUUCUUGUACAUAUAGUGUGCAAUGGAGUCCUCACACUGAGGGUGUGCUCAGCGCUGUUUGCUCCGAUAGUCAUCUUCGAGUUUGGGAUUUGCGCACCCCAGCGAGCGCAAGCAACCACCUCACCUUACAAAUCCCCAUCCACUCAGCACCCAUGUCAGUCGGCAUGGGGGGCAAACUCCAACCGACCUUCCCACCAUCAGAGGCGUUGACUCACGAUUGGAACAAAUACCGAGGCACUGUCGUGGCCACUGGCGGCGUCGACAGAAUCAUUCGCACAUUCGAUAUUCGACAACCAAAAGGUCCUGUUUCACUGUUGCAGGGACAUGGAUACGCGGUGCGCAAAGUCGCAUGGAGUCCCCAUUUACCAGAUUUAUUGCUCAGUGCCAGCUACGACAUGAGUUGUCGUGUGUGGACGGAUGGAGGCGAAGGAACACAACAGCAAGGACGAGAGUUGGGUGUUAUGGGCCGACACACCGAAUUUGCAACCGGAGUCGACUGGUGCUUGUUCGGUAGUGAAGGCUGGGCAGCUAGCUGUGGCUGGGACGAGAGGCUGUGUGUUUGGGAUGUACGGACUUUUAUGCAUUCAUGAGCAAUGUUGGAUUGCAGGGCUCAUCUCCAUGCAUCAAGAUACUGGAACGAGAGCGGCUUUAUUCGCCGCAUUUUGGAAUACUGAACACCAACACCUACACCUACACCAACAACAUUCCGCCGAUAAACAGUCGGCUUCAAUGAUAACCGUGUCCUCUACUAGUUCUCUGUUAUCGUUUCAUGGGCAAGGAAUGGAAUAGUAAUUGUCUACCAGUCACAACUCAUGUUGUUGACAAAUCAAAA